AUGUCGGAAGCAGAAAAGAAGUCGCCUUUCAUACCACAGGAAUGGUCGGAUGCAGCAAGUUCUGUUUCCUGCAGCUCCACCUCGUCUUUGCAACCGGCUGUAGCUUUAGUCUGUGGCCCUAAAAACAGUGGCAAGAGCACAUUUUCCCGCAAUCUUGUUGAAGUUCUUCUCCGAAGAUACAAAAGAGUUGCUUAUUUGGACACUGAUGUUGGCCAGCCUGAAUUUACUCCACCUGGAUUUCUUUCUCUCACAGUUGUUGACAAAUCAAUUCUAGAGUCGGAUUGGACGGUUCCAUGUGUAAAGACACCAGAGAGAUGUUUCUUCUAUGGUGAUGUCUCUUCAAAGAUGGAUCCAAAGGCAUAUCUAAGAUAUAUAUACACCUUAUUCGAUUACUACCAGCUUUACUUCUGCAAGUCUAGCGAGAACAAAACUGAACUACCUCUUGUCAUCAACACACCGGGAUGGGUUAAAGGUAUUGGAUAUGAUUUGUUGGUGGACGUAUUGAGAUAUGUUUCUCCCUCCCACGUUGUGAAAAUCAACAUCUCUGCUUACAGCAAGAACUUGCCAGCUGGGUUGUUCUGGUUAGAUGAUGGUAAUGGUGAUGAGACAGCUCAUUUGAUGGAGAUUCAAUCUGCUUAUCAAGAUAGUUUCAACCGAUCCGUUUUGAUACAAAAGGAUGCUCGUUUGCUGAGGGAUAUGCGUAUAUGCGCUUACUUCAGGCAAUGUAUUAAAGGCAAAGAAGUCAACACGAUCAAAGAGCUGACACAAGAACUCGCUUCCCAUAUUCCUUAUGAAGUUCCAAUAUCGAGUUUGACUAUCAAUCAUCUUCAUUGUCAGAUCUCAAGUUCUGAAGUGCUUUAUAGCUUAAAUGCAUCCAUUGUUGGCUUGGCCAUUAGCUCCGAUGUGUUUGAAGAUUUGCCUUCAUGUGUAGGCCUUGGAAUCGUGAGGGGCAUAGACACAGAGAGAGGAAUCUUGUAUGUGAUCACUCCAGUUGCAGAGAAUGUAGUUGAGAAAGUUGAUCUUCUAUUGCAAGGCUCUAUUCAGUUGCCUACUUGUCUCUUGGAGGUGAAAGAUUACAGAUCUCCAUAUUUAUCUUCCAACGUCUUAGCUUCCUCCUAA